UACGUUGGCCUGCUUACUUAACUGAGGGAGCAAAACUGUGUCAGUAUUUUCACACUGCCGUAAUUUGGCAGGUGAAUUCCGGUGCAGUGUGUGACUCGGCGUGUAAGAAGUAGGGAUGGUCUCAAAUGAGUAAUAGGAGAUGCCGUGCUGUGUUAGACAAUACAGAGUACAGUGACCAGCAGGAAUGAUAUCUUGUUACUAUGGUUGUGGCACCGUAUUGGGUUCAUUGAACACCGACUAAGGUUCACUCACAUUCAAGUCAGCCGGCCGCGAACGAAGGGAGCUGAGGAGGAAUGGUGUUCAGUGAUCAAGACACCUAACUACUUAUGAAGAACACUGAGCAGUGAUUGUGUCGAAUCCUGUCAUUGGUCUGCCUUCUGGUGAAUGCAAGAUGUUGAGACUGGGACUGGCUGUGCGGGGAGCAUUCAGGCAUGUGGCCGGUGGAGCCUCAGUAAGGCAGGCCAGUACCUCAGGUGACAGCCUUCAGCAAACAGUUCUCUACAACUUCCAUGUUAAUCAUGGUGGCAAGAUGGUGGGAUUUGCUGGAUACUCUAUGCCAGUCCAGUAUGGAUCAGUAGGCAUUGGAGCAUCCCACAAGGCUGUGCGGAGCGGCUGUGGGCUUUUUGAUGUGUCACACAUGCUGCAAUGGCGCCUAUGGGGAGCUGACCGGGUGAAGUUCAUUGAGAGACUUGUGGUAGCUGACGUGGAAGGGCUGCCUGAGAACACAGGAACCCUUUCUCUGCUGACCAAUCCAGAGGGAGGCAUAGUGGAUGAUCUCAUUGUCUCUCGCACCAGCCAGAGUCACCUGUAUGUGGUGAGCAAUGCUGGAUGCCGGGACAAGGACCUGGCACACUUGAGGAGCCAUCUGGCACAGUUCAAAGCUGAGGGAGGAGAUGUUCACAUGGAGAUCAUUACAGACCAUGGACUUGUGGCACUCCAAGGACCCUUGGCUGCAUCCAUACUUGAGCCGAUGGUGGAGGGCACUGUGGAAGAUCUGUAUUUCAUGCAUACACGCCCCAUGAUUGUUGCUGGCACCCCGUGCAGGGUGACUCGCUGUGGCUACACUGGGGAGGAUGGCUUUGAGAUAUCUGUGCCUUUAGGCAAGGUAGAAGAAUUGUGCGAGACCCUGCUGGGAUCUGGUGCUGAGCCAGCUGGCCUCGGGGCACGGGACUCUCUCAGACUGGAGGCUGGUCUCUGCCUGUAUGGAAAUGAUAUUGAUGACACUACCACCCCAGUUGAAGCAGGUCUGGCCUGGACCAUUGGCAAACGGCGUAGACAGACAGCAGACUUCAUUGGUGCUGAGAUCAUCCUACGGCAGCUUAAGGAGAAGCCAGCGCGGCGGCGUGUGGGGCUGACCUGCUCGGGUCCUCCUCCUCGCUCCCACUGCCCUGUCCUUGGUCCUGACGGCUCCAAAGUGGGUGAGGUAACCAGUGGCUGCCCAUCCCCAUCUCUUGGUGUUAAUGUGGCCAUGGCCUAUGUCCCAGCAUCCCUUGCAAAGGUGGGCACUGAGCUGACUGUGGAGGUGAGGAAGAAGACCAUCCCAGCCAUUGUCACCAAGAUGCCAUUUGUUAAAUGCAAUUACUAUGUGAAGAAGUAGUGACUCUGCCUGUGUGUGUGUGGUGGCCAAGGGUGAAGGCUCGUGCUUCCUGGCCAGUAAAAAGUGGGUGAAGUUUAUCUCUUGUUUGCUAGAAUGUGUUGGAUAAAGGGAAUAGGAGAUGCAUGUUUGUUUGUGUAUGCGAAUGAUUCAGUUUGUUUUGAGGGGGUAGUGUAGUAUUACUGCUGUGGUGAUGUUCCUUUGUUUCAUGACCUACAUAGUGAGUUGCUGUAUGCAGUGACAGACAGUCAUUGAACAUGACUUUGGUGCUACAUUGAUUGUGUAAUGGUUGUUGAAUCAUUUUCUUAUCAAACAGUAACCUGCAAGACAUCCAAGUAGCAGUAGCUGUCGAUCAGGGUGUAGUUGAGAUAGCAAUGGAAGAAUAUUUUAGUGGGAUUCAAAGUAGAGAGAUUGAUCAGAGCCCUCAAAUGCAAUGCUCCUGGCAAUAAAAGUUAUUUGGCAUGUUCAAAGUAAGAAACACAUUUACACUAAGUUUGGCAGCUUUUAACACUUCAUCACAUUAUUUAUUUAUCAUUUAAGACAAGAGGAACACGAGAGGGCAUAAUGCACACCUGAGAGAGAGAGAGAGAGAGAGAGAGAGAGAGAGAGAGAGAGAGAGAGAGAGAGAGAGAGAGAGAUUGAGAUUGAGAUUCUAUAUCAUGCUGGAAAAAAGUAAAUAAGUUGAAGCAUUUAAAAAGAAGUUUGGAUUACUUAGAGUCUUAAGAAAUUCUUCUUUGCUUGAUGUAUGUGAUGUUCAUUGUUUUCCUGUAAUAUUGUCAGUAAGAUUGAGUUGUUAGACUUAGAUAUGAAUUUUGAAGUUGUGUGAGGACUUAUAAGUGAACAAAGUAAUGGAGUGCAUCAAGAAAGGAAACUGUUGAUGGUUAUAUGGAAAAAUAGUGGCCUUGCAGGGAUGAUUAAAAAAAAAGAAAAAAAUAUUAAAACAUUAUUAGAUAUUGAUUGAUAAUAACCACCAAUCUUAUUAACAUGUUCUUGUGGGCUUAAGAGUUAUGGUCAGGCAUUUAACCUUCCAUUCUCAUGCUGAUUUUUUAACAUUCAGGAGGUAGUGUAAACCUUGGAAGAGUAAUUAAAACAUUGGGCACCAAACCACGAACUGAAUGUCCAAUUUAUUCAACAUAGAUGAUAUACAACAAAAGCAACAAUAACAGCAUAAAUCAUUGGUUAGACAGUAUAUUUAUAUUCCGUUUGUAAUUUUUGUUCUUUACAAAGAAGAUGAAUAAGAUAAAAUUGAAAAGAAAAUGUUUGCAAAUAGAUAUUGUAUACAAUAAUUUUUAUAGCAGUCACAUUUUUCCAUAUCUUCAUGCUCUGCAAUAGGUCAUGUAAAUAUAUAUGUUAUAGGAAGCCAUUUGAGUGUGUGUCUUUUUAUUUCACUGGAAUUAUCAAUCACAUUAGAACAGAAACAAGAUGUUGACAUGUUUGAUUUGUGGUAGGCCAUUCUUUGAUAACACACUACUACAGUUUGUAAACAACAACGAUAAUGAUAAUGAUCAUAAUUGGUAAUAAUAACAAUGACAGUAACAAGAACAUGCAUCCACUCCCUCUUCCAUGGUGAUCAUGUGCAUUAGGCUUGCCUUCAAUUCGUUCAGUUGCAUUCUUUUAAAAGGUCAAGAUUCUGUGUUUUAACCUGUGAAUUAGAAAAGUAAAAAAAUAUAAAUUUUUGCAUUGAAUAUAUUUGUAUUGUACAGUAAUGAUACAUUUCUACAGCGAAUCAGAGAGAAAAAAAAAUACUACCUUUCCAAGUGGGAUUAGCUGUUGCCUUUGAAGGAUGUCUGGUUCCUGACGUUUUCUCGUCCAAAAUUCCAAUGAUAUCUUUGAAUUACAGUGCACUCACUUGAAUGUUUAGGACUCAAAUAUGUUUGAUGAAUUGUGUUUUUAGGAUUUUUGUUACUAGCCAGUAGCCAAAAUGUUUAAUGAAUCAGUCAUGUGUCACUUCCUAAUUCAGCAAGAUUAGAAAGAUCUAUCCCAUAUGAGGUGGAUGAGGCCAAGCACUACACAUUCAUGCCCACACUCUUAGCCUUAAAUCAAAUAACACAAGGAAGCUGACCAAGUAAUGAGAAAUUUUCUGAAGCUCUCUGCUUUAAGAAGAUAAAGUAACACAUUGUCAGUAAGUUUUUUUUGAAGUCUGAUUUACUUUGAAAUGCAUCUAAAUAACAUCUAAGAUCCUAUCCACACAGAUGAGCUUUGUUGGUAAAACGUUGCCUCUUUGUGGGCUAAGUAUGUCAUGCACAUUUAUGUUGCUGUCCAAAUGACAUUGGUUAGGCAGUCAGAGCCUGGUAGUGACUGAAACAGGACCCCUUUGAUACUGAUAUUCACAAAAAUGCUAUUUUACUUUCAACCUCCACUUUGCUUAUGCUGCUGCCAAUUUGCUUAAGUUUAGCUCCUGCAGUACGUGCAUCACAGUCUUUGUACACCUUUGUUACAUCCCACAUACAUGGUUGUUGAUACAACUCUGUUAGGCUCUCAGUUAAUUUUCAAGAUCAAUGUUCCUUGGGCAUGACUGUUUGUUGAUGGUGUGUCAUAAGAAUUGACAGGUCGUAGCCACACACUGUCAGUGUUUGCAUCUGGUAGCACCUUCUUGCCACACCCAACAUUUGACCUUGAUGAGCAACAGGCAAAGCCUCAAUACUUCACUGAGCAGUAAGGAAAAACUUACUCAAAGCUUUACUUGUUUCUCCAUUUCUGAUGUCAGUUUUCCAAGCAAAGCUCUCUUAUAUGGAUGGGGCAUAAGUAACAUCUAUCUAUCCUAAAAAGUUAAUUUGAUGCCUCAUUCAUAAGUGUGAAAACUUUAUCUGGUUUCAGUUUGAUGUUCUGGUUCCCAGUUUUCUUUAGUAGGCUAGCUCAGUGGUAUUUGAUUUUUUUUUGUUUUUCUGCAAGAUCUCUCACUCAUUGGCUUAGUUGAGUCAUAGUAAGGUGAGAAGAUAAAUUUCAUUUUACAAAUGAGACUGGAAACCUGUAGUGCACUCAGAUGGAUGUGCAUGUCCUGCACCUUACUAAAACAGAAGUACACAUCUCAUAAUCACUUGAUUCCAGCAAUGAUGGUAGUUCAUGGCUAUUGUAUUGGUAGUGUCAUGGCAAUAGUAGAAACAAUAGUGAGAGUAGUAAACAAGUACAUUUACACUGGGGUGAUAUGAUGCUUAGAUAUGACAUCAAAUUGAAAUUUAAAAGACAGGAUGAGUCAGUGAACUCUUCAGAUAACUAUAUCAAAGAAGGAACAUAUAAACUCUAGGUUUGCUCAUGAAGGUUGUCUCUCAAUCACUACCAAUAUGUUGUAUGAUUUCAUUUUUGCAGUUUGCUCUAUCUUUUGUGAAUAAGCAUACUGUAAUGGGUGUGUGGCUUAUAUUGAAACUAAAGCUAAGUCAGAAGAAAGAUGUCAGUCACAAGUGUGUUUAUUGUGUUGGGUAUACUAGUUUGUUUCUAGAUGAUGAGAGGACAGUGUGCAUUAAAUGCUAGGCAGGAAUGUAGGAACUACAAGGGUGACAGUGCAUCCCGAUUAAACCGAACCCACUCAGGGUUGGAUGUUUGUCACCUGCUACAUAAAAAGAGUAAAUGAUUAAUUUGUAGAGUGAUUCAAGUAAUUCCAUCAAAGAUAAAGCUAUAAUGAAUUCAUAAUCAGCUCAUUGUACAUGAGAAACCAUAAUUUAUCUCUGGACACCUGUUUGGCAUGACUGCAGCUCCUAUAGAUAGCCACACACCAAGCAGGGUUGUAGAAUAGCCUGGCCCAUUGCAGCAGCUUAAAUACUUUUAUAAUCAGGAGUGAAGGAAGAGAGGAUGAGUACUGUUGUGCCUUUGCUUGUUACUGUGUUGGAAAAUUAAAAAAGAAUUGCCCUGAAGUACAAAGUAGAAGUUGCACUGUAACAUUUAAAAAGCUUGUACUGUGCAUAUCAUAUAUUGAAAUUAUAAUAUAAUGUAUUGGCUGAAAA